AUGCAUUUUUAUUCAAGAACAACAUUUGAAAUCUUACCAGAUGAAAUGAUCUUAGAAAUCUGUCGAUAUCUUCAUUGUAGUCAUGUUCUAUAUUCAUUAUUUGAUUUAAAUAUUCGUUUAAAUCAAACAAUAACAUUUUAUUGUCGACAUGUAUGGUUUCGUCGAGCAUCGUAUAAACAAUUACUUUAUAUAUAUCAAUAUGUUUUACCUCGAAUAGGCUCAUCCGUUCUUUCUCUAACAUUACAUCCAUUACAUCAAGCAUCAUUUCCAUCUUCAUUUAAACAUCAAAUAUCAAAUAUAUUUCCAAAUUUAAUAAAUUUAACUCUAACAAGUUGGACAAGUGAAAAUUUAUUAUCAUUCAUAAUUGAUACUUUACACGAAAUGAAAUAUCUACAAAAACUUAUUAUUCAAGAAUUAUCAUGUUCAUCAUCAAUACAAAAUAUAGAUUUUAUUGAAAAAAUUUUUAAUAUAAAAACUAAUUUCUUAACUGAUAUUACAUUUGAUUAUGAUUGUGAUUCAUUUGAUUUCAUAAAUCAUUCUAUAAAUAAUAUUAUAUCUCAUAAUAUUCUUUCGUUAACUAUUCAACUUGAUACAUUAAUGGAUUUAUCAAUCCUUAUUAAUUUUAUACCAAAUAUACAUCGACUUGAUGUAUCAUUUAAAAAUUCAUCAUUAAGAAAAGUAUGUUUUAAUAUUAUACUUCCAUUUCUAAAAGAAUUUUCUGUAUGGGCUGUUCGUUGGUAUUCACAGUUAGUUGAUCUUAAAUCAUUACUUCAAAUCGUACCUUUAAUUGAAACAUUUUCUUUGACAAUAUCUACUCGUGAUUUUAAUUUAAUUAAUGGUACAAAACUUCUUUCUAUACUUCCUUCACAAUUAAAACAGUUUAAUUAUACUGUUUGUUAUUAUCCAUCUAAAAAUUAUGAUUAUUCUAACAUAAAUAUGAUUAAAACAUCAUGGAAAUCUAUUCCUAUUAUAUAUUCAAUCAGUGAUAUUGAUAAACGAAUAUUUCUUCAUACAUUACCAUAUUCUUCAUCUCGUUUAACAAUAAGAUCGAGUUUAGCUAAAAAUAUGCCUAAUAAAGAUAUGCAUUCAAUUUAUUCAAAAAUUGAUCAAAUUCAAGUAUAUAUGAUGAUGAAUCUUUCGGAUACAUUUCCUAUUAUAGGACAAUGUCGUCGUGUACGUGAACUAACUCUUUUGACAGAAAAUGAAUCCAAAAUAUCAAAUUCACAAUUUACAUCUUCAGGUAGAUCAAAAAUUAAAUAUUACAAUAGUUAA